AUGAGCACCAACAGCUACACGGAACUCGAGUUGGCUCUCAGAUCCCUGGUGUCCUCUGCCGAGUCCUGGAACUAUAUACCUACCGUACUCUCAAUGGUCAUAAAUGUGUUCCAUGUAUUCAUAUUAUCGAGGAAGACAGUCUCUUCCACUGCUGUCAAUUGUAUUCUAUUGGGAAUGGGAGUCGUGGAUAUUCUGUCACCGGUGAUUUAUAUCAAAAUUGCGGUGAAUAAUUGGUUGGAACCAAGGGAGUGCAAACUUCCAUCAUCUUAUAUCCAGGUGGUUGUCGACUGGAUAUUCUACGCAAUUCGAGACAAUUUCCGACGCUGUUCUGUCUGGUUAGGCCUGACUCUGGCGAUCAUUAGAACGAUUUCCUUGAAAACUGCCACUAAGAAUCGAUUCAACUUUAUCAACGAAUCGAAAACCGGGCGAACCGCAAUUUUUGUUAUCGUCCUACUCAGCUCUUUGUUAUCCAUCUGCUAUGUCUUCCGCUACCAAAUUGUGCAUACUGUGGAGCCAUGGAUCCCACAGGCGGAGUGUACGAAUUUAUUGGAUCCUCCAGCUGAUCAUAUUCUUCAUCGAUACACUAUUUCUGAAAUAACAUCUACUGGCUCUAUGCUAGAAGAGCCGGCGAGAAAAGUGCAUUUGGUAUUGACAGCUAUUUUUGGAAAGAUCAUCCCAUCGAUCCUGUUCCCGAUAUCAGCAAUUAUUCUGAUACUGGAACUCAGGAAAACUAAAAAACUGAGAAUUUCAACCGAAAAUAAACAUUCCGAGAGGACUAACCGUCUAGUUGUCUACAUGACCGUCACAUUUAUCAUAAUAGAAUUACCAAUAGGGAUCUGCAACCUGGUCACUGCGACAAGGAAGGGAUACGAGGAUGCAAAGCAUCUCGAAAAUUCUCAACAUGAUAUACGUAUCUAUGACAGCUACCCAUUUUCUUAUAUGCUUUUUAAUCUCUUCCCAGUAUCGGAAAACUGUCAAAAAAGUGUUGGGUGUGUCGGAAAAAACUGCGAGGAGUCGAAUGUUUACUACUACUUCGAAGACUUGAUUUUGUUGUAUUUUUUUUGA